AUGGAUGAACCUCAAAAACUUUCGCAAAGACAAAAGAAUUCUUUUUUAUCUCACACAUCAGUAUCAAAAGAGGAUAGAUAUAUUUUGAUUGACAUAGUAUUAGUUGUUGUUGUUACAGAGACUACUGGUUCGAAAGAUAUCUACCUACCUACAACCAUGUCACUCAACAAUGAUUGGAAGAAAGAGUUGUACAAAGCAUCGAGAACAACCAUCAUCAACAUAUCAAACGACACUGAUUAUAUAUUACAAAGAGUCUAUGUUAAAUUACAACAAGGUUUAUUGCGAAUAUUUCCUCCUGAAAUCAUUGCACCAAAUAGUAAAAUAGAAUUUGCAUCAGAGAGUAAUGCAUUUGUAACAGGUACAAAGGGUAGUGUCAUCUAUUUGUUGUUACCUCCUUCGAUAGCUCCUUUGCACUCGAGUAGUAUACAAUCAUUGUCUAAUCUAAUUGGAAUGAAGUUGUGGGAACCAUUCUUGUACGUCACUGUCGAAUGGUCAAACCCGUACUGGACGACACACAGCUGCUCGAUAUCAGCGUCACCACAAAACAUCAUCGAAACCAAAUACUAUCUAUCACACGAAGAGAUCAAUCGUCAAAUACACUCUGAAGUAAAGACAACUAUCAAAAGUAACAAUAUCAACUUUAAAUUAAACCAAAAACAAAUUGUAUUAUUGAAUCAUCCUCAACCUUCUUCUUCUUCUUCCUCUUCAUCCUCCUCAUCCUCUUCAUCUUCAUCAACGUCACAAAUAACUCCUGGAGGUCCCAAUUCAUCAUCUCCUUCUCCUUCUGCUGCACCCAACACACCAACAUCACCUAAAACUAUAAAUACUAAACGUGAGAAUCAAACGUCAAAUAAUACAACAACACCUUCUUCAAAUAAUAAUAAUAAUAAUGGUUCUAUUAGACAUUCAACAUCAUCAUUAACAUCAAAUUCUUCUACAACUUCAACUACAACACCAACAUCACCAUCAUCAUUGGUAUCACUCAGUAGUACAUUGUCAUUCUUUUCAUCGUUGUCAAAUUCACCGAUACGAGGAGAAUCGAUAUCGGGUGGAAAGGAUUCGUUCCCAUUCCCAUGGAACAAUUCAGAUAGUGGUGCUUCAAAGGAUAGUUGGAAACAUGCUGUAAGACGUGGAACUAGAGGUCAGUUUGUGACAGUUAUCAACCGUACGACGAGACUUUGGAUACGUAGAGAUUACUCAUUGGAGCAUGGUAAUUGGUACGAGCUGCCACCCGAGGGUAUUCCUCCAGGAGCAACCAUUGAAUUUGGUACCGCUGCAAGUGGUAUUUGUACAGGCACAAAUGGAAGUGUAAAUUAUUAUUCAAAUGGACUCAAAGGUGACAUCAAACUGACAUUUAAUAACCCAUUCAUUGGCGAAAACACAUUCUCUUCGCAUUGUCCUCCUCAAUAUACCAUUGAAAAACAUGCGAUCCCUGGAACCACAUCAACCGUCGUUUUUGUCAUUACUGAUCAAAAUCAACAACAACAUCAACAACAACAACAACAACAACAGUCUCAACAAUCACAAUCUUCUCAACAAAAUCCAAAUAAUAAUAAUAGUUCAAGUAAUUUAUCAAAUAGUUUAAUAAUAAGAGAUUAUCAACAAAAUAGUGUACCACCACCACAAAAUACAUUUAGAAUGAUAUCAUUGAACCUUGGAUUAUUGGUAAACUCUACCAAUUAUAGUUUAGAGGAUCGUGUGACCAAUGUAGCCAAUAUGUUGAUCAACAUGUCUGAAAAGUAUGACAUUAUAUGUUUGCAAGAGGUGUUUAAUCAACAGGCAAAAGAAAAGUUUACAAAGAUUCUUAGGUCGUGUUACAGUUAUAUCAUUGACAAGUCUGGUGAAGACAGUGGAUUGUAUUUUGCUAGUACAUUCCCAAUCUUGUGGAGUGAUUUUAGACUAUUUAACGAGGGUAUUGGUUUGGAUGUACACUCUAGCAAGGGUAUUCAAGCUGUUAAACUCGACACUUCAUCCAUCAAGGAAAACUCGAUACUCUAUGUAUUCAAUGCACACCUUCAAUCAAAUCCCAUCGAGGGAUCAGUAGCUUGGCAAAUGGUAUCGGGUGACGAUAAAUUGAAAAAAGCUCAAACUGUUAGAACGCUUCAACUUCAAUCCAUUCGUGAUUUCAUUUCAACAGAAUUAUAUAAUAAUCAACAAAACAAGAAUAAUAAUAAUAAUAGUAGUAAUCAUAGUAGUAGCGGUAACGGUGGUAAUGGUGGUGGACAAAAGAAAUCGAUUGGAUUAAUACUGUGUGGUGAUAUGAAUAUUAUUGGAGAGAAUGAACAAAUCAUAUCGGAUGAGGGUAGUAUAGUACUCUCUCAAAUCAUUCCUAGUUUUGCUCGAAAGAUCAAUACAAAGGAGAUUACGGCAACUUUUUCACGACAGUUGAUGGCUCGUAUACAAGACAAUAACAUUCCCAUCAGAUAUCUUGGUAUUCUUCGUCAACAGGUCAAUAUUCCUCGUAUGAAGAGUUUGAUUCUCACCGAGAUGAUUUCAUAUAUUAUUAAAAAAGAGAUCAACGACCUUCUCAGCCAACGACACAACCAUCAACUAAAGAACCAACAACAAGAGAGUAGCGAUGAAAUCACAUACAAGAGCAUUGUACUAGAAACUCUCAACAAGGUGUUCCACUAUGAUUUGAAGCAAUCGACAGAUUAUUGGACCAACACUCUCAAGAGAAAGUUAAAGUUGGAGUUUGUCAGUGCUCUGACCGAGCUUGAAGAGAUGGAUUUUGUCGAUCUCAGAUCACACGUUAUCAAUCUUCAAUUGGUAACAUCAUUAAAGACAACGUUGGAAAUGACACUACAAACCAAAGCUAUCUAUCAAUUGGUUAAAGGAUCAAAAUUCAACUCUAAUAUUGCCGCUCCACUCAUUGUGGCAAGUGACAUUGAAGAAUUGAUUCUACCACCUCUUACCAGUUACUGGGGUAUUGAAAAUAAUUCAGAUAUUUAUUAUAUUAGUCAACAUCAACAAGCUAAAUUGGAUCAAUUACAAAAAGAAAAGGAUCAACAACCUUCUUCUCCACAACAUCAAUCUUCUUCUUCCUCUUCCUCUUCACUUGGUUUAUCAUUGUCACCACAAUCUCUAGGAGGAUUAGAUGAUACCUCUAGUGGUAUCGGUAGUACAAGUAAUGGUGGCGUUGGUGGUGGUAAUCAAAAGAUUAAAAUCUUACUCAAACCAACCGAAGAGUAUGAUUCACUUCAAAUGAUUCUUGGACAUCCAGUCGAUUUGUUUAGAAUUGCCAAUCCUCAUCAACCAGGUUACACCAUUCAUCAAUCACUCAAUCAACUAGUACCAACUGCAGGGGUCAAAGAACGUGUCGAUUACAUAUUUAGUUUUAAUUCUCAUUUUGGUGACGAUGAAGGUAGAAAUCCACUCCUUUAUCUCAACUGUCUCGAAUCCACAGUCAUUCCAAUGGGAUCAACUCCACAAACACGUUUAUCCGAUCAUUUUGCUGUAGAUUGUUUGAUCAAACUUGAGGAUGCUCCUAAAAUCCCUCUUGGAUCACCAACCCUAACAAGCAAGAAACAAACUUCUUCUAAUUCUCUUCAUAUGAGAAGUUCUUCUCGUGGCUAA